UCUGAGAAUCUGAAUAUGUUGAUUCCUGCAAAUUUCGAGUUUAUGAGUCUUCUUCCUUGGUGUCAUCUUUUUCAUUCUGUUGUGAUCCUGGAAGUUUUAUCUGCGUUUUAAAGGGAUUUGGCUUGAGCCUGUCAGUAGUUCAGUGCCGUGAAGUGGUUUGGAGCUCGAGAAAAAAGAAGGCAAUGUCUACGACAAACAGACCAUCUUCAGUUACGGACGAAGUUCAAGAGAAUUCCGUUUCCUCUGUAAAUUUCGGGAGUUCUGAAGCCCUAGAACAAGUUCGCAAGCUUACAGAUGUGGGAGCCAUAACCCGUCUACUCCACGAGUGCAUCGCCUAUCAGCGUGGCCUCGAUAUCGAGCUCGAUAAUCUACUCUCUCAACGCACCGAUCUCGACAGACAACUCCUCAAUCUACAGAAAUCAGCCGAUGUCCUCGAGAUCGUUAAGGCAGAUUCCGAUCACAUGCUCGCAAACGUUCGCUCCACCUGCAAUCUCGCCGACCAGGUCAGCGGUAAAGUUAGGGAGCUUGAUCUCGCCCAAUCUCGUGUCCAAUCUACGCUAUCACGCAUCGAUGCCACUGUUGAGAGGGGUAAUUGCAUCGAGGGAGUGAAGAAAGCUCUUGAAACGGAGGAUUAUGAAGCAGCCGCCCAGUACAUUCAGACGUUCCUGCAGAUCGAUGCGAAAUACAAGGACUCAGGGUCGGAUCAGAGGGAGCAGUUACUUGCAUCGAAGAGACAACUCGAAGGAAUUGUUCGGAAGAGAAUGUCCGCCGCUGUUGAUCAACGUGAUCAUCCCACAAUCCUACGGUUCGUUGGGCUCUUUUCUCCGCUUGGCCUUGAAGACGAAGGAUUGCAAGUUUAUGUUGCAUACCUGAGGAAAGUGAUUACUUCGAGGUCUAGGGUAGAAUUUGAGCAGUUGGUCGAGCUUAUGGAGCAGAAUCCAGGUGGGCCGAGCCAGGUUGAUUUCGUUGGUUGCUUGACGAAUCUGUUCAAAGACAUUGUCUUGGCUGUUGAAGAAAACGACGGGAUCCUGCGGGGCCUCUGUGGAGAAGACGGGAUUGUCUAUGCCAUCUGUGAGCUUCAAGAAGAGUGUGAUUCCCGAGGUUCUCUCAUCUUAAAGAAGUAUAUGGACUACAGGAAACUGGUUCGGUUAGCAUCGGAGAUAAAUUCCUACAGUAAAAACCUGCUUUCGGUUGGAGCUGUAGAGGGACCGGAUCCAAGGGAGAUUGAGAUGUUCCUGGAAGAAAUAUUGUCACUGACACAGUUGGGCGAGGAUUACACGGAAUUCAUGGUGUCAAAGAUCAGGGGAUUGAGUUCUGUCGAUCCAGAAUUGGGUCCUCGUGCAACAAAAGCAUUUAGGAGUGGAAGCUUCAGCAAAGUCGUUCAAGAUGUUACUGGGUUUUAUGUGAUUCUGGAGGAAUUCUUUAUGGUAGAAAAUGUUAGGAAGGCUAUAAAGAUUGACGAGCAUGUUCCCAACUGCCAUACAUCUUCGAUGGUGGAUGAUGUGUUCUACGUUUUACAGAGUUGCUGCAGAAGGGCGAUAUCAACUUCAAAUAUUAACUCUGUCCUUGCAAUUCUUAGUGGUGCAAUGAAUUUGCUGAGCAAUGAAUACCAGGAGGCAAUGCAGCGAAAAAUGAGAGAGCCAAACCUGGGUGCGAAGCUGUUCUCAGGUGGGGUUGGUGUGCUAAAGAUGGGCACAGAGAUUGCAACUUCUCUAAACAAUAUGGAUGUGAGUAGUGAGUACAUCCUAAAACUGCGCAAUGAGAUUGAGGAGCAAUGCAUCGAGGUGUUCCCUGCCCAAGCUAAUAGGGAGAAGGUGAAAUCUUGUUUAUCCUUAUUGGGAGAGAUGAGCAACAGUUUCAAGCAAACCUGGAAUGCUGGCAUGGAGCAAUUAGUGGCCAGUGUGACACCUCGCAUCCGUCCAGUGUUGGACAAUGUGGCAACAAUCAGCUAUGAGCUCUCUGAGGCUGAGUAUGCAGAGAAUGAGGUGAAUGACCCAUGGGUCCACAGGCUCCUCCAUGCUGUUGAGACCAAUGCAGGAUGGUUCCAGUCGCUGAUGACAGCCAAUAACUAUGAUUCGUUUAUCCACUUGAUCAUCGAUUUCAUUGUGAAGAGACUUGAAGUCAUCAUGAUGCAGAAGAGAUUCAGUCAGCUUGGGGGCCUGCAGCUUGACAGGGAUGCAAGGGCUCUGGUGAGUCGUUUCUCCAGCAUGACACAGAGGACUGUGAGAGACAAGUUUGCUCGUCUAACUCAGAUGGCAACCAUCCUCAACUUGGAAAAGGUCUCUGAGAUACUGGAUUUCUGGGGUGAGAACUCAGGUCCCAUGACCUGGAGAUUAACUCCUGCUGAGGUGAGGAGGGUGUUGGGCCUUAGGGUUGAUUUUAAACCUGAAGCAAUUGCUGCUCUUAAAUUGUAAAUCUACUUCCACCUUGCUUACUAAUUGAUCUGUUUCUUUUAAUGAGUUAUUCCCAGUUUUGUGUUUUGGCUUCAA